UUUUUUUUCCCCUUCUUGUUUUAAAUUUUACACAGGAAAGAAAGAUCACUGCAGUGUGGAAUGUGGCAGAGAAUUCUCUAACAGGAGUGCUCUUCAGAAACACAUGAGAGUUCACACCGGAGAGAAGAAAUAUUGCUGUAAUGAAUGUGGUAAACAGUUUUCACAAAUGAGCCAUCUUCAGAUACACACGAGAGUUCACACCGGAGAGAAGCCAUAUUGCUGUAAUGAAUGUGGUAAACAGUUUUCACAUAAAGGCAAUCUUCAGCAACAUAUGAGAAUUCACACCGGAGAGAAGACAUAUUGCUGUAAUGAAUGUGGUAAACAGUUUUCACAGAUGGGCAAUCUUCAGAGACACACUAGAGUUCACACUGGAGAGAAGCCAUAUUGCUGUAAUGAAUGUGGUAAACAGUUUUCAGAGAUGGGCAGUCUACAGAGACACACUAAAGUUCACACUGGAGAGAAGCCAUAUUGCUGUAAUGAAUGUGGUAAACAAUUUUUACAGAGGGGGGCAGUCUACAGCAACACGUGA